UGCCACAGCAGCUGCUCAGAGGUGCUCCAGUGCUGGCAGGGGCUACAGGUGCUCUGGGGCUUCAGGACAGGCAGACAGGUGUGGGUGCAGCUGCUGCUGGAGGAGGAUGGCUGGACAGCGAUGGCUCGUGGCCCCUGCUCGAGGCUUGCUGCUCUGCAUCUUGGCUCUGCAACUCUGUCUUCAGGGCUCUCUUGCCACAGCAGGGCACAGCACAGCUGCCAAUACCAUGGUGAUGGCCACCAAGAACACUUCAGUGGCCACCAAGAGCACCUCAGCAGCCACCAAGAAUGCCUUGGUAGGGGCAGUGACCACCAAGAAGGCCUCAUUGGUGGCUGUGACCACCAAGAGCACUUCAGUGGCCACCCAGAAGGCCGCAGUGGUCGCGGUCACCAAGACUGCCAUGGUGGUGGCCACCACCAAGAAUGCUGCAGUGGUGACCACUGCCAACACCUCAGCUGUCACCAAGAACACUGCAAUGAUAGUCAAGGCCACCAAGAAUGCAUUGGCAGCCACCAAGAACACCUCAGUGGUGGCCAUGGCCACCAAGAACACCCCAGCAGCCACCAAGAACACCUCAGUGGUGACCAUGGCCACCAAGAACACCCCAGCAGCCACCAAGAACACCUCAGUGGUGACCAUGGCCACCAAGAACACCCCAGCAGCCACCAAGAACACCUCAGUGGUGACCAUGGCCACCAAGAACACCCCAGCAGCCACCAGGAACACCUCAGUGGUGACCAUGGCCACCAAGAACACCCCAGCAGCUACCAGGAACACCUCAGUGGUGGCGGUCACCAACAAUGCCAUGGUGGUGGCCACCAAUAAUGCCUCUCUGCUGGCCACCAACACCUCUAUGAAGGGAGCAGAAGAGACAAUGCAAACCUGCCAGAGCUUCCAGUGCUCCGGGGAGAGGUGCUACCAGGAUGAAGCCCACGCCAACGGAACAACCACCUGCCACAAUGAGACUCACUGCGAGCUUUAUCGUUUCUCCAGCACCAACUACACGGCGCGGUGCAGCAGCGGGUGCAGCGCGCAGCCGUGCAGCGCCAACGGCAGCGCCAGCAGGCAGCAGUGCACCCUGGAGUGCUGCACUGGCCCUCUGUGCCUGCAGCUCAACGCCAGUGCCUACGGUGACCUGCCACCCACCACCACCGUGCCACCCACCACCACCACCCCUCGGCCUCCCCCACAAAACGGCAAAGUGUGUGCAGCAUUUUCCUGUCACGGGAACGAGUGUUUCAAAGGCAUGAAGACCAUCACUAAAUGCAUUUUGGGGCAGGACUUCUGUGAGAUGAAGAAGACCGGCUCGAAUUACAUGGCAGGAUGCAGCAAAGCCUGCAAGGCUGCCAAACCAGUCUGUGCCAGCGGGGUGAAGGCUGCCUGCUACCAGGAGUGCUGCCCAGCCACCCCCAAAGCCAGCUGCCUGAAACUGGACGGCAAAGUUCACGUCAACAGCGCCGGGCAGGUGGCACUGGCCCCGCUCUUGAAGGGCAUGGCAUGUGGGGUGGUCCUUCUCCUGAGUUACAGGGCCUCCACUUCCCUCUGGGGUUAGGCAGCUCCACAGCCUCUCCUGUAGGAUCCCGCUGCUCUCUGACUUCAGCCAAGGUUGCUAGAAAAUGCCCUCUGUCCUGUCCCUGUCCCAUCAACGUGUCCAAGGCCCUCUGCAUCUCUAUAUCUGCUCAUGGCCAGCUGCACACCCUUUGCUUGCCCUGCACAGGACCCUGCUGUUGAUCCUAACCCCCUCCUUAAGCUGCACUCUGAAUCCUGCACCAUCCCAGGAUGGGUGAGUCCUGGCAUUUCAGUAAAUUUUAAGUACUUGAAAACAACAUUUCCCCUUUUCCCAGAGGAAAACCACUUAAUCUGUGCACUUAGGAAGCUACAUCAAGGGAUUCUACCCUACCCUGCCCAAAUCCUGUAGAUCUGAGACACCUGCAAGCUAACUGUGGAUCCUGGGAGUGGUGCAGUGUGCGCUUCUGUGCUGCUGGAAUGGGGGACCUCAGGAGCUGUAAGAGGGUAUUAGACCUCCUUAAAACCCAGGAAAUUCUGCAUUGACUGAGGCACAGGGGCUGCUCUAAUCGAUGACCUGCUUGUGGCAGUCUCCCUGCACCCCUCUGACCUGCCAGUUCCAAAGUGCUCUGGUAAUGAAAUGCUUCUUGCCCAUGUACGUAAAAUAGUAAAUUCAUGUUUCAUCUCCCAGUCUCAGGCAGGGAAGUGGGAUAAAUCUAAAAGCAUCUCAUGUUUUAGAUGAUUCUGUUUCACAUCUGUGCCUCUCCACUGCUAAAGGCAGAGCCCAGAGGUGAGCACGGGUGGAGCUGGCCAGGCAGAAUUACCUGGAGUCAAUGCACUGCCAGUGGAACACACACGCACCGUGCUGCUCCCUGCCACCCCUGUCCUCUGCUGCCACCGGGUCCUUAGAGAAAAAAUUGCUAAACAUUAAAAUCUUUGUGUCAGCCCCCUUUUAGUGCUGGUGUUUUGAGUGUGGCUGAAUGCAGUGUGACCUGCGGGAGGGCGGCAGAGCUGCCCUGGCUGGGUGGGAGCCCUUGGAGCCUCUCGGACUUUCCCAGCAGGAAGGCCCUGCCGUGCUGGCCCUCCUGGAGCACUGCCAGCCCUAACGGGGUGGAUGUUUUGGGCUGCAUGAAGAACACGUCAUUCCACCACAGCUGGCCCUUCCCACGUUGCAGUGCCUGUUCUGGGACAGCGAAACCGCAGCUCAGCCUUUGGGGUGUGUGUUUACUUUGUUUCAGGCCAGUGACAGUGUAUUCAUGUCGAGAGUUCCUCUGUCUCAAUAACACAGCCCGGCACCACAGUUUUUGUAAGGUUUGGUGCUUUGAGCAGCGUUUUCAUCCUGUUCCCUUGUUUAAAGGAGGAUUGGGGAAGUGGUGCAGAGCUGUCACUGACUGAGACCACUUGGGUUAUCCCUGUCUUUUCACCUACAUCUCCUACAUCUGUGAAAGGAGCUACAUCCUUUUCUAGAGUGCAAAAGGCUCUGGUGAUAUUUUACAGCACUUAAUCCCACACUCUGCAUUAAUUGAUUUGAAGAAAAACCCUGUGCUGGGUCGCCUUGAAAUAAAAAAAAAAAAAAAUUAAAAAAAAAAAAAAAUUAAGGGGCUACUGAAAUUAGCAGCAUCUCGCGAUUUUCCAUGGAAAUGAUCCUUUCCCUUGCCUGCCGGCCCGAGAGGUUCCC